AGGACUGGCACGGGGUCUUCAAGGAUUUGGAGGCCUUUAGCGAGGCUCUGUUCAAUGUUGGAGGCGAGCGGCCAGAGAGCGACUUCAACGCCGGAGUGCCGCCCGAGGUCUUGAUGCAAUUGCGGCGCCUCCCGCUGUUUAUCCACGGCCUCAGCUUGGGCGGCAUGAUUGGCACCUUCGUGGGACUGCGGCUGCAGCAGCACCAGCACUUGCGCAAGAUCUUCCGAGGCGCAGUGCUGGGGGCUCCUGCGCUUCAGGUGCCCUUGCCUCCGCAGGCUGUGGUGAGCUUCCUGCGCACCUGCGUUCUUAUGGUGUCUCAUUCGAGACUCUGGGCAUCCUGGACCCGGAUCAACAGAGUGGUGCCGUGCUGGGGGCAGUACCAGAUGCCGGCCUGUGUAAGCUCCAGCAGCAAGGUGGACUAUACCCAUAGUUAUGUCCUCAGCGAUGCCAAGCAGAGAACCAUGGCAGAGAUGGAGAUGCGGGACGACGCGGUUCGCUUUCCAGGUCUAGGACUCGGCUGGCCCCACAACAUGCGCUGGGCCACCGCCGGUGCCUACAGCGCGCUCUUCGGGACGGUGGAGGAGGAGCUUGCGAAGGUGGAGUACCCCUUCCUUCUCCUCCAUGAUCCCGAGGACCAGAUCUGCCUGGUGGGGGGCUCUGAGCUCUUCAUGAAGCUCAGCCCCAGUGCGGACAAGGAGCUGGUGCAUCUGAAGCUAGGUGGUUAUCACGUUUUGCCCUUCGUGGACAUGGAACAAUACGUGACCCAGAUGUGCUCGUGGAUCCUGAAGCACUUAUAGUCGAAUAAUUUCAAGUCCAGCGCUGAAAUGCUGCGCUGGAAUGCACCGCGUUUCGUUGGCUCGGGUCAAACAUCCGUGAGCCCAACUGCCGGGCUUUCAAUCGGCUGUACAGCCCAGGGGCGGCUCAACGAAAAUUCUCGGCGAGUUCCUUAGGAAAGCAGCCGCCCUUGUCAUUCCAUGAGCCUUUGAAAAGCCGCGGGGAAGCUCGAAAGACCCGUGGGGGAAGCGUUCAUGAAUUGACGCGUGCAGUGCGAAUGGCCCUGCGUGCGGAGCCCCACAGUGCAGGCAGCUUCGAUCGGCUUCAGCCAGG